AUGGAUACAUUCAGUGAGACUGAAUUUAUAACAGAUGUUUAUUCCUCUCCAGUAGGCAGCCAUCCAUCUGCCGAACAAAAAGAAUGGAGCAUUCAAGUCGAAAAAUUUGUUGACGAAGAGUUCCAAGCUUCAAAGAAAAAAGCUACCAAGAAGCAAAAGAAUGAGCAAAAAUCUAAGAAGGGACAUUUAGAGAAUGAAGAAGAGAUUGCACUCUGGUCACCAGCUAAAAAACAAUCAUGGGAAGCCAGAAAGACAAAUCCCAAUGCCUACUACUAUCGUCAUGUUGAUCCUGGUGUUGUAAAAAGGACCGGUGCAUGGGAUGAUGAAGAAAAGGAGCUCUUUAUGAAGGCAAUCAAGUUACAUCCUCCUACACAAGGCAAAUGGGGAUUAUUUGCUAUGCAUAUACCCGGUCGUGUCGGUUACCAGUGCAGGAAUUUCUAUCACAGACUUCUUGAAACAGGUGAAUUACAUGAAGAUUGUACAAUAGGAGAACCAGCUCCUCAAAAGCCAAAGAAACAAGUUACAAAGAAGAAAUCAUCUACAAAGAAAAAGAUUGUCGAGCCAGAAAGCGAAGAUGAUGAUCAGGAUGAAGAUAUCAUUGGCGAGGAUGAAUUAUUGCAAGAAGAAGAAAUUAUACAGCCUCCAAAGCCAGAACCAAAAGUUUUCCAAAUUAGAUCUCUGAAAUUAUUCAGUACUCGCGUUUUGCAAGAAGAUGAAAGAUUAAAAUCUGAAGCAGAAGAAGCUGCCCGCGAAGCAAUUUCUUCAUUUAAGUCAGAAGAAGAAAACCAAACUCCUACUGAAAUUAAAGAAGAAAAUGAGUUUCAAUAUGGAGUUGUUGAAGACAAAGAAGCCACAUGUGAAGAGAUUGUUGAAGCAGCAGCUGAAUCUGUUGAAAGAGCAAUGCCAGAAGUCUUAAGGUGGGAAUCAAAAUUGGACGCUUCAAUUAAGGCGUCAGAAAUUCCUCAAAAGAACUUUGAUGAAGAAAUCAUAAAUCUAAAUCAGAAAGACAUAUCGAAUGAAUCUCGAUUUGCGAGUAUAAUGCGAUUGAAUUCACGAUGCCCCAUGAACUUACUUCUUUUUUCAUUUCCAGCACCAUUAAACAAGAAGGAUGAAUACAUCAAGGCAGUCAAAGAUCGAUUGUCUACAAAUACUGAAAUGAAAACAUUCAACGUUGCAAUCCGCGAAUACUUUGCUGCUAAGGAUUCAUCUAUGCGUAAUCCUGAGUCAAGAGAUCAAAUAUGUGAAGAUUUUGUUUCCAGAUUUAUUAGAAAUGAGAUAUGA